UCAGCUGUUUUGAAACAUUAACUAUGAAUCAAGUAUUCUACAUAACACUUGCCCUGUUGGUCCUCGGGCAUGCCAACACUGAGGACACGUCAGCAGACACGUGUGAGGCAGCAUCAGGACCGUGGGGCAUUCUGCUUGAGGAAUGGGCUACUCAGCCAACCAGUGAUGUUUCUUCGAGACACGGUCGAGUAAUGUCUCUACCAUCCACAAAAGGCUACUACGUGAUAGACCGCAUCGACAACCAGCUGAUACCUCCUCCACCCCCACCGCAGCCCCACCACAAGUACCACCCCGGGGCACCACAACCGUCCUCGCCGCAGUACUAUGAAGAGUGGCAGGCCACCCCGCCGCCGUCGCCCGCCGGUGGAAAAAUACUGAACCGACCACCGAACCCUCAUAAGGACAUGUUCAAGCCUAGUUAUGAGUAUCCGCCACCGUCCAUCAACCAGCCGAUUCCAGUCCACCCCCAGCAGCAUCCGCAGGCGCCGUCCCGACCGCACCGUCCGGCCGCUGACCGACUGGACGAGCAGCCGUCACAACCUCACAAGCACGUCACGGAGACGGACCUGUACCUACUGACAGCUAUAGAGAAAUUGGUAUUCCGAGUAGAUAUCAUGGAGAAGAGGCUCAGGAAGAUGGAGGAGACGAUGCAUUAUAUGGUCGCGGGGAAGGACACAAUACCAGAACCGUGUAAGGCGAAUUUCACACGAGUGGGCGGAACGUGUUACUAUUUCUCAUCGGACGCCGCAGACUGGAAGAGAGCCAAGUUGCACUGCGGGAAACUGCGCGGCAACCUGCUGGAGUUCGACACCGACGCUGAACGAAAGCAGCUGCUGUCCGCUAUGUUAUCUGAUAAGCGGCUCAGAGGUGACGACUGGUGGACCGGUGGCCUCAACCCUGGCCUUCUCUGGAUCUGGUCGCACUCUGUACAAGGAGUCCUUGGCAAUAUUACCACUACCACCAACUCUUCCCAAACACCCACCAUAGUAGGCGACGGUCGGUGUCUGGCGCUGACUUACGACCCUGCAGCCGUCACCUACAAGUACAGGGGACUCGACUGCGCGGAGAGACGUAGAUUCGUGUGCGAGAGAGAAGAGGACAAGGAAAGACUUAGCAAUGAGAUAGAGAGAGUCGCCAGACAGUUGAAGUUUACUGCCCACGGGCUGCGGAAAGCGAGGACUUCGUGGAACGAUAAUGGUGGAAGUGAUUAAUUUAGAUAAAAACUAUAUUUAUGAAGUAUUGAUUACAUUAGACGACCUCGGUGGUCUAGCGGU